GUCAUGAGAUCCCAUUCCUAUCUAUCUAUCUCAAUCUUUCAUGUCAAUUCUUGCUUGGUAGGUGCUUUUAUUUAUUUUCACAAUAAAUAAAAGUACCUCCCUCAUCUUCAAAAACCAAUUAUCCAUUCCUCACGUAACCCAGUUUUUCUUUUCUUCAAACCAAACAAACCCUUCUAAUCAAAGUUUUCCUCAAAACGUCGUCGUCAACCAUUUCAAUUUUCAAAAUAAUCAAAAAGCGUGUAAAUCUAUUCCCCUUUCAAAUUCAAAUAUUCAUUCAUACAUAUUCUUUAAUUUUAAUUUUCUUGCAGAUAAUAUAAUUUUCCAUUUUUUUCCCCUCUGAUUUUCGAAAAAAUGAUGAGAGGAAAUCAAAAUCAAAAUCAAAAUCAAGAUCAACAAUCGAAGAUUAUCUGUGAAUUAUCAUCUCUAGUUUUCAAUCUUCUACAAUCUCCUUCAACGCAGUUAUCUUAUUCCGAUCGAGCUCCGAUCGUUCCGGUACAUCCGUCGGCGUUGAGACGUUCGGUGUCGGCGAGUCAAAUAACGCCGGCGGGAUUUGCGUCGUUUGUUUUAGGAAUUUCAAUGGCUUUGAUGUUGUGUGGAUCAGUUACUUUCAUAAUUGGGUUUAUGUUGAUGCCAUGGGUUCUUGGUUUGGUUAUGGUGUUUUAUGUUGCUGGUAUUGUGUCUUCUCUUUCUGUUUUGGGUCGUUCUAUUCUUUGCUUCGCUUCGCCACGUAAGGAUUUUCAUGAGUGGAAAUUGUGAUGAAGAGAUAAAUAUGGCGUUGGGCAGUACGAUACUGGUUUUCUGCCUGCUCAUGCACCCUAUAGAACAAUGAAGACCACAAAACUUCUCUUAUUAGAAGCAGGAUUCGUGGACAAGGCGCGUUUAUAUAAGUUACCAUAAUUUGUGGGUAUGACUUCUCUUUCAAUAGAGAAUGUGAGAUUCUAAAGCAUUAAGAAUUGAGGAGUCAUUGCUGCACAAGCUUCUUUCACCUGUUAUCAAUUGUUUUAUCUUAUAUCUAUUGUAACAUCUGUAAAUUGUGAAUUAUAGGUUUUAGAAUUCCUUUUUUUUUUCCAUUUCCAAACAUGUCAUAUCUACAUCACAAUAUAUAGAGAGGCAAUGCAUGAUUUGCCUCAGAGAACAUGGAUGUACUGGAAGAAACAAAUUUCGGAUCAGAUGGUUAUGGUAUUUGUAGAUGAAGCAUCCGAAAUUGUUUCAUUAUAAUAUGAGAUGUUACUAUUGUUA